AUGAAUAAUGGUCAACAUCCAUUGAAGGCCAGCUUACAAGGCACCCAUCGGAAUUUGGCGCCUCUUCUCACUGGUUUACCACCUAGUAUCUCUAGUUUUCUAAAAAGAAAUCUCAAGGGGGGAGCACAGGACAUCUCCGCCACUCCAUGUGGAAUGUGUAGGGUUUACCUAUGGCCAAGUUUCCCAUGGUUUAUCAUUAGGCAAUAUGACCCCGUGAUUAAAGGACAUCAUAUUUUCUAA